UUUUUGUUUUUCUUUGUGAGUACAUAAAAAUACGCCAUUAUAAAAUCUGUGUAAAUAGUUUCGGCGCAUAUAAGUACUAUUAUAAAAACACACAAAUAAACACAAUGAAAUUUUUACUCGUUUCACUAUAGUCUGAAAAAAGGAAAACAAAAAAGCUUGAAGCUGGUUCUCUUCUCUCGCUGUACCAAUUGUUCACAAUAAUAAUAAUUAUAUGGAGUCAAUUUGUCUAUUAUAAGCAUUGCAGUUAUUAUACACUAUUUUGUCGCAUUCAUUAUGAAUAUUGUUUUUGUUGAUUUUCAAACCACACAAAUUUCCACUGAAAAAAUGUCUCAAUUGUUUUUUUAUAAUUAACUAUAAUACUACAAUCUAAAUACAUGGAUAUACAUAUAUUUAUUUCAGUAAUUUGAUAAAAAGAUGGACAAACUCACUCUAGAUCUGAAUAAAAUUGACCAUCUGAUGGUUGAAGAUCUUUUGAAAAAAGGAGUAGAUAUUAAUUAUUGUGGAGUAUAUAAUAACUUAUGUUAUUCAUUAUUAAUGGCUGCAGUUGAGGAAAAUAAUGAUAAAUUAGUUGAAUUUAUUUUAAGUAAAGGAGCUAAUCCGAAUAAAUUAAUUCAAUGUCAUUCUAAAUUUGCUAUGACUGCUCUUCAUGCUGCUAUUUUUACGGAAAACAUAAAAAUAAAAAUCAUCCAUCAUCUUCUUGAUUAUGGUGCAAACAUAAAUUUAUCAGCUAUUGAUGGAGAAAAAGGACAUGAAGAAUAUUCUUCACCUUUGCAGUAUGCCGUACAUACGGAAAAUGAAGAAAUAGUAAAAUUGCUUUUGAGUAAGGGGGCAAACGUCAAUUUUAAGACGAAAAAUGAUAAUACAGCACUCCACAUAGCUUGUAUGUAUGAAAAUUCAAACAUUGUACGUUAUUUGUUGAAAUAUGGAGCUAAUGUAAAUGCUGUUUCUGAUAAUAAAUUAACAAAAGGUCAAACGGCUUUAUAUGAUGCUAUUUCUUGGAAUCAAGUAGAAGCAGUAAAGCUACUAUUAAAUAAUGAUGCAGAUAUUGAUAUUCAAGAUGCAAAUGGCAAAUCUCCUUUGAAACUAUUAAACGAAAAUACUAAUGAUGAAAUCUGUGUAAUCAUGAAACAACAUGUAGUUAAAUUAGUAAUCGCUAAUAUUCAUGUAAAUGCAAAUAAUUUACAAGAGAUAGUAAACGAUAAUUCUUUAAAUAACUUCAGAAAUAUUUGUAAAAACGAAAUAGAAAAAAUGAAAAGAGAAAAAAUUAGUGGAACUAAUGUACCUUUUUAUUACAUUUUCAUUAAAAAUAUUCAUCAAUUAGCACUGUAUGCGAAAAAUAAAAAAAUUAGGUCCGAACUUUCCGAUCCAAUGAAACUCAGCUUUCUUUUUCCACAAUAUGCUUUUAUAUUAGUUAAUCGUUUCAAAAAAGGAUUACAUAGAAAAAAAUUAUUAGAAAGAGUUGAAAAUUUUAUUUUAGAUAUUUUCAUAGAUAAACUUCCAAUUACGUUCAUCAGACAAAUAUUUGUUUAUUUGAGUAAUGACGAUUUAGCAAUACUUGGCACAGUCUAACUAAAAUAAAUUUUAAUUUAAAGGAAAUUUUUUACUAUAAUAUCUAUGUUCAAAAAAAGUAAUUAUAUGUCAUGUUUUUUAUUUAUAAUGUCUUGUUUGAAAAAAUUCAAAAUCCGAAAAGUUUUUUUUUUUUUUUGCAAUGAGUUUAUAAGAAAAUAUUAAAAUGAAUGUUCACAUGAUUUAAA